AUGGAGUUGGCCAAGAUGCCGCGGCGCCUGAUCUUGCUGGCCCUGCUCAUCUGUUUGCCGGCCAACAGAGGGCAGGCGGAGGAGACAUCAAUAUUAAACAGCAAUGGAACAAAUGGGCGAGCAUUUCAAAGGACUCAAUCAAGGCGCGAGGCAUUAAUUCCGGCGACAACGCAAAUGGCCCAGACGCUGGACAAAGCCAGCGCAUUUAGGCCAACAAUGGCUGCAGCUCUGGAUGCAUCGGCUCCGAACCGCUCCCGCAACAAUGUAGCCAUUAAUAACAUUAGCAACAAUGGCGAUCAGCGCCUGAGGCUGACCGCUGCCCUCGAAGCGAAUCUGAUUAUGAGCAAUCGGAAUGUCCAGGAGCAGCACAGCUACAGAAUCACGCAGGACAACGCCACAUCUGCAGCUUCGAUUGCCCCGAACGGAACGCCAUUUGGGGAUGCCCCCCCAAUCCCAGGGGCAGCAGCUGCAGCGACUACAACAACAAUGGAUCCUGCCACAACGACACCUACAACAACAACGAGGCGUACUACACGCCGUCCGGUGGCAACAACAACACUGAAGCCACCGCCAACAAUAGAUGAUUACCAGACAAUAAUUAGCCAGGCGGGCACCCAUGCCUAUCUGCCAUGCAAUGUUAAGCAGCUGGUGAAGAAGCCGAUAUCCUGGCUGCGCAUGAGGGACGGGCACAUCCUUACCGUAGACCAGACCACCUUCAUCGCGGAUCAGCGCUUUCAGUCCGUGUUCUCCCCAAAUCCUGAGCGUUGGUCGCUGCAGAUCAAGUACGUGCAGCUGAAGGACGAAGGAACCUACGAGUGCCAGGUGUCCACGGAGCCCAAGGCCAGUGCCAUUGUGCAUCUAAGGAUAGUGGAGCCGAAAACCGAAUUAAUUGGCGAGUCAACGCGACAUGUGAAGGCCGGAAGUCAAGUGAAAUUGCGUUGCAUAAUUAGCCAGGCUCUGGAGCCGCCGCUAUUCAUUAAUUGGUUUUACAAUCAGAAGCAAAUCUAUUUGCAUAAUCGUCGCGGUUGGCGUACGGAAAUUGAACGAAUCGAUCUGCCAGCGGAAGUGCCAACCACCACCAGCACCACCACUACGACAACAACAACCAGCACCACGACCACCUCCACCUCCACCACCACCACCACCACCAGCAGCACAACACCAGCAACACCAUCGACACCAUCGACAUCGGCCACAGGAUCAACAGAAGGCGCCACACCCUCGGCUACGCUUAAUGGUCUGGUAACCAUAACACGUUCAUAUAUUCUAGAUGCCAUAUCCCAGAAUGAUGUUUCCGAAGUGGGGGCCGCUGCAGGAGUGGCUGUUGCAACGGAGGCGCCAACAGCUCAGCUGGCUCCCGAGGUGGAGGCAACGCCUUCGACUUCUGGGACGUCGGCGGGCGCAGGACUCCUCCUUGCCUCCACCAGUGCUGCAUCCGUUGGAGGAGCUGCAGCAGCAGGCAUAACUGCUGCAGUGACAGGUGACUCCGCAGCAGCAGCAGCAGGAGCAACAACCAGCGUCUGGCUGACAACAAUGGAGGCUGAGGCGGCAACAACUGCGGCCACAACAACGACAACCAUGCUGCCAAGCAGCAGUUUCAUUAAGCAGAUAACGACGGCUUCUCUCAUCAUUCCGGCCGUAGUCAAACUGGAUUCCGGCAACUACACGUGCAGCCCCUCGAACAGUGCCCCCCGCACCAUUGUGCUCCACGUGCUGAACGGUGAAUAUUCCGCCUCGGCCAUUAAGUCGGGCAGUGUCAGCUGGAGUGCGCUAAUUGGAUGUCACGGCUAUUUGCACUGGCGGAAUGUUUCAACGCUUCUGACACUUUUGUGGAUUAUUAAAUUUGCACUGGCCAGGGACAUCUGCCAACCGAAUGCCAUCAGCAAAGCCACCACAAGGACAUCGGCUCUACUCGCAGGAGACGGAGCAACAGCAGAUGGGACAGGGGAAACAGGACCCAAAUUAGGGGCCAGCUUCCACAGGGUCAGCAGCUCAAUUAGUGCCACCAAAGUGGCCGAGGACAAGACUUGAGUUGUCCUCAGGCAAUCGCCUAGUUACUUGAAUUUUACGCAUUAAAGGAGGCU